UUCAAAGGAGCCCUUUGUCUGUCGCUUCGUACGUUACGGAUUGUGAUGGGCACUGUUAAGAAAAAUAAAGAAUUGCCAUAGAUUAUGAAAUAUCAAGUGGUUUCGACCCCGAAAAGAGAGGGAGUCAUACACUAUGCAGAUUUGAAGAAAUGAGGCGUGUGGAGAUUUUCCACCUGCUAGCUUGGUCAUAGCAGCUACAAAAGAUCCCACAGCUGUAGAGAGAGCAAACUUGUUAAACAUGGCUAAACUGAGUAUCAAAGGACUCAUUGAAUCUGCUCUAAGCUUUGGCCGCACUUUGGAUUCUGAUUAUCCCCCCUUACAGCAGUUUUUUGUUGUUAUGGAACAUUGUCUGAAACACGGUCUUAAAGUAAGAAAAUCAUUUUUGAGUUACAACAAGACUAUUUGGGGCCCUUUGGAAUUGGUGGAGAAGCUAUACCCAGAAGCAGAGGAAAUAGGAGCCAGUGUCCGGGAUUUACCUGGUCUUAAGACACCCCUGGGUCGUGCAAGAGCAUGGCUUCGAUUAGCUCUCAUGCAAAAAAAAAUGGCCGAUUACCUGCGUUGCUUAAUUAUUCAGAGGGAUCUCUUGAGUGAAUUCUAUGAGUAUCAUGCACUAAUGAUGGAAGAAGAAGGAGCAGUAAUUGUUGGGCUGCUGGUUGGCCUGAAUGUGAUAGAUGCUAAUCUCUGUGUCAAGGGAGAAGAUUUAGACUCACAAGUUGGAGUGAUUGAUUUUUCCAUGUAUUUAAAGAAUGAAGAAGAUGUUGGAAAUAAAGAAAGGAAUGUUCAAAUUGCUGCCAUAUUAGACCAGAAGAAUUAUGUUGAAGAAUUAAAUAGACAACUGAACAGCACAGUCAGCAGUCUCCAUUCAAGAGUUGACUCAUUAGAAAAGUCAAAUACUAAGCUGAUUGAAGAGUUAGCAAUAGCAAAGAAUAAUAUCAUUAAACUCCAAGAAGAAAAUCAUCAAUUACGAAAUGAAAAUAAAUUGAUUUUAAUGAAAACACAGCAGCACCUAGAGGUUACUAAAGUGGAUGUGGAGGCUGAGCUUCAAACAUACAAGCAUUCUCGGCAGGGGCUGGAUGAAAUGUACAAUGAAGCCAGAAGGCAACUUCGAGAUGAAUCUCAGUUACGACAGGAUGUGGAGAACGAGCUAGCGGUACAAGUUAGUAUGAAACAUGAGAUUGAACUUGCCAUGAAAUUGUUGGAGAAAGAUAUCCAUGAGAAGCAAGAUACUCUGAUAGGCCUUCGACAACAGCUAGAGGAAGUUAAAGCAAUUAACAUAGAGAUGUAUCAAAAGUUGCAGGGUUCUGAAGAUGGUUUGAAAGAAAAAAAUGAAAUAAUUGCCCGACUAGAAGAAAAAACCAAUAAAAUUACUGUAGCCAUGAGGCAGCUGGAACAAAGAUUGCAGCAAGCAGAGAAGGCGCAAAUGGAAGCUGAAGAUGAGGACAGGAAAUACCUACAAGGAUGUCAGAGUAAAUCCGACAGUCUGCAGAAACAAAUCUCCCAAAAGGAGAAACAGCUGGUACAACUGGAAACUGAUUUGAAGAUUGAGAAGGAAUGGAGGCAGACUUUGCAGGAAGAUCUUCAAAAGGAGAAAGAUUCCUUAUCUCAUCUUAGAAAUGAGACCCAACAGAUCAUUAGUCUUAAAAAAGAGUUCCUUAACCUCCAGGAUGAAAAUCAGCAGUUGAAAAAAAUAUAUCAUGAACAGGAGCAAGCUCUUCAAGAACUUGGCAACAAACUUAGCGAAUCAAAACUUAAAAUAGAAGAUAUAAAAGAAGCCAACAAAGCAUUGCAGGGACUGGUUUGGCUGAAAGACAAAGAAGCAACACACUGUAAGCUUUGUGAAAAGGAAUUCUCACUCUCUAAGAGAAAGGUAAGGGAAGUAGGAAGUGAGUCCAAAAGUUUUAGUGCAAAUAUGGCUUCUAAUAUUGUUCAUCAAGUUUUUUCUGAUUUUUCCAAAAAUAGCACCACUGUAGAAACUGUGGGGAAAUUUUCUGUAAUGCUUGCUCUGACAACGAACUGCCUUUGCCUUCUUCACCAAAGCCAGUACGGGUUUGUGAUUCCUGUCACGCAUUGCUGAUUCAGAGAUGCUCAUCUAACUUGCCCUAAGACUCAAGAACUAAAUCCUUACUGUAUGCCAGUACCUAUGUUGAAUGUUAUGUAUGAACAUGUACACAACAUAUUCAGACAGCCCUUCUUAAGCAGCUUUCAGAUAGUAUUGGAAACAGUUUUACCUUCCACAUAUUCAUGAGUUUAGAAGUUGUAUAAUUUGGUAUUUCCUUUCCCAUUGCUAUUCAAAAAGCAUUUAAGAGGGCAUGCUUUAAAAUUAACUUUAGCCUAAUUCCUAAUUCAUGUAAUAAUCAUGUAACUCUUAAUGACAACGCAAGGCCACAUAGCAUAGCUAACACACGUUUGCCUUAUUUGGUAAUGGCCUUCUCAAACAGGGCUUCAGAUUUAUGCUCCUGAUCGUUGUGUUGGUAUUUUGUGGUGCCUGUAAUUUUCCUAAUGCACUUUAAAGCUUAAUGGUUCUCAGAGAAAGACUGAAAUUAUGUAGAACUUUUAACAAGCAUUAACAUUCCAAUUCAAGAUUUUUCCAUUAGCUUGGUAAGAUUUCAAGCUAUUUGCCAUUUUUCUCCACCUUCCUUUGCCCAUUUUGCAUUAGAAAAAGCCAGUGUUUUGUAAAAUUUACUUUCGGUCUUCCUCCUCUCUAAAAAUCAAUGUAUUUGCUGAUACCUUUCAGAUACAGUAGAUUAAAGAGGUAUUCUUUUGCCUCAACUUUUUCCUUAGUUUGAAAGGAAAAACCAGCAUCUUUUUACCUUAAGUUGCUAUUUGCAGAUCUUUCCAGCAACUUUUAAGCAUUAUAUUAUAGUGGUCUAUUACUGCAUAGGAGUAAAAAAUUCAGCAUAUAUUGAGCACCUCUAGGCCAGGGUCUUUAGAAGAUAUGGUCUCAGCCCUGCAAUGAAACAUACUUGAACCAUUUCAAGCAUGAUUCAGUAAACACUAAUCCUCUUAUAUUGCUUAUAGCAUUACCAAGAAUUUAAUCUCUAAAGUUACCCGUAUAUAAGUAUAUAUAAUUAAUCACUUGAACAACAUCACUACUUGAGACCGUAAUUUUUCUUUUUUCUAUUAGUUUGUAAUUUCAGCCAUGCACUUUAAGCCUGUGAACUUUUCAAAGAAUGUCAUAUUAGGAAUCUUACAUUAUUUUUAGGAACAUUAGUGAAUUUAAUCAUUGCCAUUUCUUUACCUGUAGGGUGUUACUUUAUUCUGCAGUGAAGUACAUACUUCCAUUAAAGUUUAAAAUUAUGUAAUUUUCUAAAUUGCCAAAGUAUGAAACUAACAUUUUACUUAAGACUUAUUUUCUCCAUAACUCAAUUGGAUGUCUUCAAAACAGAUUUUUAGGUGGUCUUUCUUAAAUGCUGGUAGAAAUGUUAUCAAGAGAUACGAAUUAUAUUCUUGAACUGUUUUGUAUUGAUGGAAUGGAUUAACAUUUUUAUGAUUGCUGAAAAUGAGAAUAAGCAAAAAUGAAAAAUUUCAAAUACUAGGUCUUUUUUAUUACAGUGCUUACUACAACUUCCAAAAUGUCAUUUUUGCUUAAAUUCCAUUUCGCUUAAAUUCUAGGACUGAUUUUUUAGUCCCCCUUUAAAUUCUUUGCUAUUCAAAACUCACGUUAUCACCACUGAUUUGGACUUUUUGUAGGCAAGCUUUUAUGACAGCAGUACAACGUGCUCCAUUUAGUUUUGGCUUUUGAAAAAACCAUGUAUACUAAUUUUGGAUUUUGUUACAAAACCUUCAAUUUGUAUUUUGUGGUGGUAAACUUACACUUUUACUUUUCAAGUAAGAUUUGCCCUCACAGAUGUAUUUAUUUUAUUAAACUUCACAUACCAUUGUCUCAUCUAGCCAGUAUUACCACAAUAAUGCUGUCAUGGUGCCAAGGAAUUGUGAUUGUCAUUCCACCCUGCAAUGUUUUAAAAUAAAAUGUAAGUUUUAUAAACCAAGUAAAAGAUUUCAAAAAUUAGCCUGCUUUACAAGGGCAACUUUCAUUUUUAACGCUUUAUAUUUUUAUUGCUUGAAGAUUUUAAUAGGGUACUCCUGAGCAAAUAAAAGCACAUAAAGGUAAGUGGUAUGAGCCUAAUAUGUAAGGGAGUGGGUACAGGCAUUAAGAUGAAUCAUUGUU